GGUACCAUUCAGCCUUACUGCUACUUAAACAAGACUUUUCUGCUCGAACCAGAAACUACAUGCAGCAGGUGCAUGCUGAUACGCGAAGUAGCUAAUAGAGGUCUAUGCAGAGUGCUUCCUACCUAUUUAAAUAGUAAUCAAUAGCCAGUGAACAAUGUGGCUCAUAUUUAAUUGACAACCAUGGGAGGAUGCGUGGGGAGAGAACGCCAGGAGUCACGCGGACAGGGCUCAUCUCGCGCAGGACGAGCGCAAAGAAAACGUGGAGCCCGAAAUGAGCCACUGAAGAAGGACAAGCUCAAGUGGAAGAGUGACUACCCCAUGACGGAAGGCCAGCUCCGCAGCAAGAGGGAUGAGUUCUGGGACACGGCCCCAGCAUUCGAGGGCCGCAAGGAGAUCUGGGACGCCCUAAAAGCAGCAGCGCUGGCUCUGGAGUGCAGCGACCAUGAGAUGGCCCAGGCCAUAUUAGACGGAGCUAGCAUCACACUGCCACAUGGAUCCUUGACAGAGUGCUAUGAUGAGCUUGGUAACCGCUACCAGCUGCCCGUCUACUGCCUGGCCCCACCCGUCAACCUGAUUAGUGAACGGGGUGAGGAGGACCCGUCGGAGCAGUCCGAACCCCACACGGCCCCCAAGAAGGAGUUCCAGCUGAAGGUUCGCCUUUCCACCGGCAAGGACCUGCGGCUCAGCGCCAGCAUGGCUGACCCCAUUGGCCUGCUGAAGAAGCAGCUCCAGGCCCAGGAGGGCAUCGAUGUGGCUCACCAGCGCUGGUUCUUCUCGGGCAAGCUCCUCACGGACAAAACGCGCCUACAGGACACCAAAAUCCAGAAGGACUUUGUCAUCCAGGUCAUUGUGAACCAGCCAACGGCACCCAGCUGCUGAGGCGAGACCCCGUGGCCACGUAGCGGACCAAAUCAGCGUGGCAAUAGAGGACCUUUUUUUUUCUGCUGUUUUUAAAAAAAAAAUAAAAUUAAGCAAAAAAUGCAAGAAUGGAAAAGUACAUUAGGAAAAAAGGCAGACACCAUAUGCUGCUUUAGUGUUGUGGUCCAGCAUGAUUGCUUUACACACAGCCACUACUAUUGCUUCACCCUGCUGGGUUCUGAUUUAGAGCAGUGAGCUGGCUCUGCGUCGCUAGGGCACACUCCCUCACAUGCUCAUUACGCUGAUGAUGUGCAACCUAAUGAAAAGUGCAAGUGGAUCCAGCUGCGUGGCCCGUCUAUAUGAGCCCUUUUAAAGUUAAACAAUCUGGUGAAAAGACAAAUGAGACAACUUGAGCCAAGUGCCAAUAUGAACAGCUUUGGUGGGAAAAAAACCUCUUAAUCUCUUGACUAUGCAUUGUCUGCAAAUGCCUAAUAUUUGGAGGUUCAGGUCAGCCCUCAUACCUCAGUGGUCCUGCUCCAAAAGAAAUCUCAAGGUGGUGCCCCCCUCCCCAAUUCUCUGGAUUUUUUCAGUGUUUUAAGAAUAUAUGAUAAUCCAAUCAAGCUUCAUUUGCACACUUGAAUAUACGUACAAGCAUCAAUACGUAUUGUGUGCCUUUUUAAAUUAGAAAGAAAAGACCUUUAUGUUGCAAUUGUUGUGUGUCUACUUGUAGAGAUGGCUGACCAAGGCCAGUGUUUUCAACAUGACAUCCAUGUGUUUUGUAGUGGCUGGCCCCACAAAUGUUUUUUCUUUGUCUUAUUACUUUCUCAGUUUUCCAAUAUUUGAAGUUCCAUGUAACAGCACAACUUUACUAUGCAAUUUACAUUUGUUAAAUACAAUUCUUCCUUUACUUGCAGAUAACUGAUUCAUCAGUUUGUCCAUGUUCUACGUAGAUGUCUCCAACUUUUCAGUUCACUUCACAAAAGCAUUUUAUUGUUGGCUAUGGGACAGCAUGGAAACGAUUACUGUACCUGCACAUGUAAAUCCAGUGCAAAGUAAAAUGAAUAAUAGGCUUCCAUGUGGCCAGGUUUAGCAAAUCUCGGGGUGUGGACAUUUCUGACUACAUUUACAAUCAUUUUGUAGGAGGAAAGCAUAAUCGAUCGAUGGCAGACUCUCAGCAGGCUAUUACAGCCAUUCUAGCAGUACCUUUUAAUAAAUGCCCCUUCCUUGGAAAAA